CCUCCCCACCCCGUCCACUAAUCAGCAGCCGAGUUUUUCUCUCUCUGCCUUAUAAAUCCAGUGCACAGUGCCCCGCACCCAGCUCACACCACGCCCGUUCCUUUCCUCUCCGGGCUACGCGGGCAGGGACCAGAAAGGGAAGCCGCGGCCGCGCCGUCCCUCCCCACCCCUCUCCUCUCCCUAGGCAUUUCUGCUGGUGAUUGGCCCGUUUCCGACGGAGGAGAGUGGAUCGGUCGAGUCGGGUCGAGCCUCGCCAGGGGCAGGAAGGAUGGUGCGGGGGAAGACGGAGAUGAAGCGGAUAGAGAACGCCACGAGCCGGCAGGUGACCUUCUCCAAGCGCAGGAACGGGCUGCUCAAGAAGGCCUUCGAGCUAUCGGUGCUCUGCGACGCCGAGGUCGGGCUCGUCGUCUUCUCCCCUCGCGGCAGGCUCUACGAGUUCGCCAGCGCCGACAGCUUGCAGAAAUCAAUUGACAGAUAUAAGGCUUAUACAAAGGAUGAUGUUAAUAACAAGACAGUACAGCCAGAUUUGCAGCAAGUCAAAGCUGACGCUCUAAGCUUGGCAAAGAAACUUGAAGCUCUUGAAGACUCAAGCGGUAAAAAGAUCUUGGGCGAAAAUUUAGGAGGAUGCUCUGCUGAAGAACUGCAUUUUCUGGAAGGAAGAAUUGAGAAGAGUCUCCGCAUCAUCAGAGGGAAGAAGACCCAGCUGCUGGAGCAGCAGAUAGCUAACCUGAAAGAGAAGGAGAGGAAGCUUCUCAAAGACAACGAAGACUUGCGUGGAAAGCAGCGCAACCUUGAGCCGCCGCUGUUGCUUCCUCCCCUGAACUGCGUCGCGCUCCUGCAGCCAUGUGGCGAGCCGGCGCCAGAGCAGGAGACGGUACCAAGUGAGGAGGACGUAGAAACGGAGCUCUACAUUGGGUUGCCCGGGCAUCGCUGCUCCAACCGGCUGUCAGGUCAAUCCAAAUAGCUAACCAGCCGGAAGGUUGAUGAGCUCACAGGAAUAAGUUCUCCACAGAUGCAUGGAGUACCCGAUCAAUAGUCCAACAUUUCCGCUGUUCUCUAUAUCUGGACAGAAUCUGUAAUCUCUUGCAAAGCUAUAUUAGCUGCUGCGACGAUGACAAGCCUGCAGAGAACCUUUGACCACUGAAGGUGAAACGCCCAGCACACCAAUUAUAUUGUCUCCCUGGCCUGGCUGUAUAUAUAGAAGUUACGAAGUUGCUUUGCUCA